UGUUCAGGGGAAAUGCUGCAACUUCCUUUUCGUAUAAAGAACAUGCAGAGGGCAUCAGGGUCCAAAAUAAACUUCUUAAUGUAAAAGCCUGGUUGACUGAAGUUUAACUGAGUAGUAAAGGUCAAAAAGAUAUGUAAAAAGAUCAUCUUGUCUCCAAAGGGAGUAACUAACUGACCAAAUGGCAGAUGCGUCAAGGUGACCAAGAAGCAGCACACCAAGCCAGGAUAUAGCUGGAGACUUAGUAAAGAGAAUUUUAAAAAGCUCCGAAGUUCUAUCUAGCAACUUCUUGGAAAGUGUUGGAGUGACUUGUCCUUGGGGAUGACUCUCAGGAGCAGAAGCAGUGUGUUUGGAUGGCACAGGAGAGGCAACUGUAAGAUGGUUCAUUUGUGGGGUGCUCUGUGUGCUGACCCACGCGACCUCUUUCUGUGCUGUGGCAAAAGUGAUUUAAAUCAAUCCGAUUAAAGAGCUCCAAAGACUUAAUUCAGAACUGGCACCCAAUCCUAGGUAGCCAAGGCAUAGCUGAAGGUCAGUGAAAAGCUCUUUGUGAACUAGCAGAGUGGGUGUGAAGACAUCCUGACAAACUGAUGUAUCCCCAAGGACUUCCAGGAUUCAUUAGAAAAUUGGAUGUGCACUUAGAAGUCAAAACCAGAUGAAGAUAAUCAAAAGCUUAAGGACUGUCUGCAGGUGUUGAAUACAGCUGUGCAGCAGAGCAGUGGAAGAAGAAAUUGCUGCAGUGGAAAAAUGUGAAAACUUGCUUUAAAAAAAAAAAAAAAACACGUAAGCAGUAGCGGCCCAUAUCUGAGAGGAAUGCAGGUUUAUUUUCUUAAAAUUGCAAUUGUUUAUUUCCAAUAAAGUAGCAAGAGUGCAAAAAUAGAGUUCAAUUAAAUAUUCAUUAUCCUGAAAAACUUAGUUGUGAAAUGGUGUGUUUCAAAUACAAGACUAGACAAGUGAUUUAAAAUGUUCAGAAGAAUCCCUUUCUCAAUUUGGAAGAUGGUAAUGUAAAACGGAAAGGACACCAUGGCUAGACUUAAUAUGCAAACACCGAAUUUGUGGGGUUUUAAGAUAUUUCUGUCAGAUAUGUUUUAUAGGGUGUGUUAGAUGGCUUCAGAGUGCUGAGAGAAGCUUGAGUGGGGGAGAAGGCGCCUGGUUUUACAAGUCGGAAUAAACCUCGUUAAAAACUGAGUUCAGCAAGGGUCUUUAUGGCUAGGCAGCUAGGAAAUGGUUCAGGUGUUUGGGAGAACAACUGAAACAAUAACAAACUCCUUUGGAAACAGAGCAAGUCAGUGUCCACAUGAAAGUUACAAGGUGUGAGUUGUCUGUGUGGAAGCCAAUGAAGUAUGAGGCAAGUUAGAAGUAAGCAAGGACAUGCCUUCAACUUGUAAGCGCUUUGAAAGGUGUGGGGAGGAAGCACUUUCUUACUGACAGAAACGUCAAAUCUUUAAGACAGUAGCGAAUGCUCUGUUGGGUCUGCUUACCGCUUUUUGCUUCGCAGGUCGCAGGAUCCUGCAAGAGUCGCCGCUGGCGUGUUUCAGAGCGAAGAAUGGGGAAGCUGUACACCUCGGAGCGGGUCGUGGUGCUGGUCUCCUGUGUGCUGUCCUUCCUGGGCUCCAGCCUCCUGGUGUGCACCCAUGCCCUGUGGCCGGAGCUGCGGACCCGUCCCCGCCAGCUCCUGCUCUACCUGUCGCUGGCGGACCUCUUCUCGGCCCUCUCCUACUUCUACGGGGUGCUCCAGGACUUUGACAGGACCUCAUGGGACUGCGUGCUUCAGGGGGCCAUGUCCACCUUCUCCAACACCAGCUCCUUCUUCUGGACCAUGGCCAUUGCCCUUUACCUCUACAUCACCAUUGUGAGGGGCUCACCCACGGGCACGGGCUUGCUCUGCUGCUUCCACGUCGUGAGCUGGGGAGUACCCCUUGGCAUUACGGUGGCGGCUGUUGCUCUGAAGAAGAUUGGCUAUGAUGCCUCCAAUGUUUCUGUGGGCUGGUGUUGGGUCAACUUGGAUGCAGAGGAUCGGGUCUUGUGGAUGUUGUUAACGGGGAAAGUUUGGGAGAUACUGGCCUAUGUGACUUUGCCAGUGCUCUACGUCCUCAUCAAGAAGCACAUUAAUAGAGCGCAUGCAGCUCUGUCAGAGUAUCGCCCUAUUCUCUCAAGAGCACCCGCAUUUCAGCCCCGGACUUCCAUAGCAGAUAAGAAGUUGAUUCUCAUCCCUGUCAUCUUUAUCAUCCUCCGCGUGUGGAGCACUGUACGAUUCAUUCUGACCCUCUGUAACUCCCCUGCAGUGCAAAAUUCUGUCCUGGUUGUCCUGCAUGGAAUUGGUAACACGUUCCAAGGAGGUGCCAACUGCAUUAUGUUUGUCCUCUGUACGCGGGUGGUCCGGACUCGUCUGUUUUCCUUCAUUUGCUGUUGCCACUACGAUGAGUUGGAUUGGGCCUUGCAAAGAUCAGACAGCUCCUGGCAAUGCCCAGAACCCCCCAAGGACAAGGAUGUGCCAGGCCCUGAGCAGACAAAACCCCUGCUUUCCAGCACCUGAGCCUGAGCUGCCUACAUCUCAGUGCUGAUUUCUUCUUUCUUGGUGCGAGAUCAUCCCAGAGUCCCACAGAGGGAGCUAAAGCCUGGGGAAAAGUACGGCUGGAGUGGCUGAGCAAACGGAAGAGGUCCCACUCCUCCUCGGCGUUCAGACAGCAGCUGCUUUGGUCUUGAAGUUUGCUCAGGAUCCUCUGGAAGAUGCUGUUCGACUGUACUCCAACUUCCUGGUUUUCUUCCCUCCUUCCUCUCUCCCGCCACUAUAAAACCUAAAAAUUGUUUGGGGUUUUGCUUUUUUUAUCUGGCAAGGCGAAUGUGUUGUGAGUUCUGGGGUGAACAAAUAUCAUGGUGAUAGGAAAACCAUUUCCAAUGGUUGCUGCUGAAUUAAGACUCUCCUGGGCAUGGAUUUCAGUCCUAGUGUGUGAGGUCUUCCAGGGAGCUCCAGACUGGCUCCUCUUUUUCACUUGAAUGUGGACAAUAGUGUGCAAACAUGCUUGGUUCCUGGUGGUGAUGGAUGGUUCCUCUUGAUGGUUUAUUCCUUCUUGGUGGUUAGGGGUCAUCAUCACCAGGGUUUGUGAUGGCAGCAUGCUUAUUGCCUCCUGGGAAAAUCGGAACUCUGCAGACUCCCUUGGUGCUCAGGGAAAUCUGGGUGUAGCACCCCAGCCUCCAGCAAGGACAGCCCUCGCCAGCAGCAAGACAUGGCACAUGCUCUGAACUCCAGAUGUCCUCUGCCGAAGCACAGAUUGCGGUCAGUUCUUGCGUUGGAGUGUUAUAUCAGAGCUAAGGAAGGGAUGUUUUUUUGUUUGCUGUUUGGAGAUAGUGUUUUGCCUUACUUAUAGCUCCUCACUUGCUUAUUGGAUUUUUUUUAACAUUUUCUUCAACUUGUACAAAAUAAAGUUUUAUUCUCUACCAA